CGGGUGACGGCGCUACCGCCAAUUAGCUACUACUUCCUCUGGAGUCGUUGAGUACAACACGUUCUCACUCCCAACUUGUCACAUAUUGAAGCUUGGUCCCUUUGUCGUCAUGUUUUAACUCACUGGGUACCCCUUUGUCUUCAUGUUUUAACUCACUGGGUACCCCUUUGUCUUCAUGUUUUAACUCACUGGGUACCCCUUUGUCUUCAUGUUUUAACUCACUGGGUACCCCUUUGUCUUCAUGUUUUAACUCACUGGGUACCCCUUUGUCUUCAUGUUUUAACUCACUGGGUACCCCUUUGUCUUCAUGUUUUAACUCACUGGGUACCCCUUUGUCUUCAUGUUUUAACUUGCAGGGAUUCCCAUAGACUUCUGACCGGAACCGGCGGCGUUGACAUUUGACCUGCAGGAGCUGACCGCAGUGUGUACGGGACUCGAGACUAUGAUAAAUAGGAAUAAAAAAGAAAAGGCUGAAAUAAAUUAGUCAUGGCAGGGCGAUUCGAUUGGCGUCCCCCAGGUCAUAUUUAACUGAUUUUUCAUUUUAAAAACCACUCGUUGCCUGAUAUCAAAGUGCGUCUGUGAAACAGGUUCAGCGGUGACUUUAACAGCGCUCCAGCGAGCAACAGCAGUAGUGUAUUCCUCGUAAUGCUGCUGUUUUUGUCGAGGCUUGUUGAUGAUGAUAAACGUAUUUAAUGUGGUGUGAUUAUGUUUGGUUAAUCAGUGAUUAAUCAGCGCAAUGCGAUGCAAUCAACCUAUUAUUUAUUUAUCUAUUUAUUUAUUUAUGUAUUUGUUUGUUUGAUUGAUUGAUUAUUUAUUAUUUUUAUUUAUUUAUUAAUAAGUCAAUCAAUCAGUGAUGCUGACGUCAUUGUAAGGCGCGAUCCCAAGGUCCACUGCGAUUUCCCGCUUGGUAAGUAGACCAGUUAAUUAAUACAGAUGGGAACACUCCUUAAAUUUAUGGUACAAAAACUGUAUAACCAGGUCAAGAAGUUGUGUUUAGACCCUUAAGAAUUGCAAGGUAGCAGUUUCGUGAUGCAGUUAUUAUAAAAAUAUAACGUGCUGCACCAAAUGUGUAGUCGGCUAGCUUAAGUUAGCUAAUUAAAUUCAAGCUUGUUUAUUUUUUUCACAUAUAAUCAUGCAGGAUAAUAUCAUAGGAGAUUGUAUGAUUUGUAAUUAUGAUGUGUGUUCAGUUACCCAUAUUACAGUAAGUUAGCUCGAUCACAACACUAUAGCCAUUUAUAAAUGUUCAGAUGUGAACAGUGUUGCCAGAUUGGUGUUUUCCAGUAAUUGAUCAAAAUCCACACAAAAUUAUAUAGUAAACACACAAAUCUUACCAAUAAUAAACUAUACAAAUUAAUUCAUAACUACAACAAUAACAUUUGCUCAUCAAAUGGCAUAAUAAAGCAAAUUAAGCGUUCUCUCAUUUUCCAUGUCUGUCAUUUGCCUUAAAGAAAUAAAAGAGUACAACAGAAAUAUCAAAAUGCCACCCGUCCAAGCCCAUUUUAUUCCACGUAGUACAACUCAAAACUGCCCAAUCUGCCAACACUGACGAAGAAAAUACUGGUAAAAAUGUAAAGAGUUCAAUAUUUUUUUUCCUGUCUUAUCAGGUCCUUCAAAUUUGCCAGCUUCCAACAUUCUCCUUUAUUUUAACCUCCCUCCACACACACACACACACACACACACACAAAAACCAAAGGCACUUUUAAGAGCCACGUCUGUCUUGUUAACCUGUACUUGUCUCUCUGUAGCUCGCUCUGUCUCUCUCUCUCUCUCUCUCUCUCUCUCUCUGUUUACAUCUCUAGUUGUCGUAUCUGUCCUUCUUUGUUGUGAGUCUUUCUGUCUGUUUGUGUUUCUGCCCAUCACCAUGAGUGAUUCAGAACUCCAAGAACAGUUUAUGAAGCUGGAUAAUCUGGUUGAUCAUCAAGAACUCAAUGAUGAACUCCAAAGUCUUGAUGACUUGCUCGGUGAGCUGCAGGAAGAGGAGGAAGCAGCACCAGUAAAGACACCUGAACCAAGGGUGCAUUGGAGAAAGAGAGACAUUGAUGGAAACAUUGUCUAUGCAAGGCCAAGAUCAAGCAGGAAUCAGUCAGAUAAGGAGUGUUUUCUGCAAGAUCUCCAGCACUCACUGAGCGAUAUCUCAGAUGAUGAGGCAUCACCUCUUGGAACCUCAAGAGAUCCUCUCCCAGCUUCCUCGAGCUGGAGCACACGACAAAGUCUCUUCUCAGAGAGGUGGAGGACAGAGAUACCCCGUCUGGUGAACACCGCUGUGGCACAAGGAAAUGUGGCAACACGCAUCUGCCAACAGUGUGGGAGCAAUCCAGCUGCUGUCUGGUGUUGUGACUGUCGACCACUCUCCUUCUUCUGUGCUGAAUGUGAUGUCAGCAUGCACACCAGACAUGUUCUCCAUAACCGAGAUGCCACGACUCCUGGGUUCUACCAGCCACUGCCUCCAACAACUUUUGUCGUAGAUAAGGCUCUUUCCCAUUGUGGCAAGUUCUGGUUUAUUCCUGACAAAAUUUGUGGUUGUUCAUCAGAGUCAUUGAGGCUCAGCCCAGGGAAGACUGUUGCUGUGAUCACAAUGAAUGGACGAUAUGAUCUAAGCAUGCCUGAGCUGAGUUGGGCUGCUGGAGUGGUCGACCUAAAUCGAAGUGACUACUGGUCUGCGACCCUUCACUUUGCCACAAUUUAUGCCACAGAUGUCUUUUUCUCAUUUGAAGAAAUGAAGAUGGCAGCACCAAGACUGUCCUGCCAAGCGUUUGUAAGAAUGCUGGAUCAGCGAACUGUCCGCUUUGGUCGUACUGGCAAGAUCUCCACAGACAGUUUUCAGAAAAGUUUUUUUUGAGUGGGAGGCUGUGCGAUAUGAGGUGGACAAAAUCUGCAAAGAAGAGCCCUUCAUCUGUCCUGCGUGCACCCCAGAUAUGCUGGCAGUGUCAGUAGAUGGAAACCGCAAGCAUUACCGUUUCAAGAAUGCAGCUAGAUCUGAAGAACAGGCCAUCUUUGAAGACGUCUUUAUAGCUAAGGAUGAAGAUGUGAUAAGAUUUGUGGACUACAUUCACAAGACAUCCAAACAUGUCAGUGGAAGAGGUGUUUGCGGAGGGGAGUGGUCAGCAGCCAGAGAGACCUCCCAAAGAUCAGCAAGCAAGGUAGACGAGGAGGGAUUGGAGCUUGCGGUGUGUCGACACGGAGUGCUGCUCUGUGCUUUAAAUAUGUACAGGGGUGAAAUUUUUGCCUAUCCCCUGUACCUGCAAGAAAAGCUGGCCAGUAGGCAAAUCACUUUUUUUUUUGUAUGGAUGUGACCUGCAAAUAUUGGCCCAACCUCCAAAGAGUUGCAAAAAGCUGCCCAGAGCUCCAGCACCUUCUUAACAUGAAGCCCUUCCUUUCAGUCUUCCAUGCCAAAGCCCAUGAUUUUAAAUGCGAGGUGAAAUGGAGUGGGGCAUAUCAGGAUGGGGCUGGUUUAACACUAGGGGAGGAGGUGGAACAGUGCAAUUUCCUGUCUAGGAUUGCGGUGACCACAAAACACAUGUCCAAAGCAGGACACACAGACAUGCUGACUCUCAUGGCCAUGCGCUGGAAUCAGCAAAAGUUCAACAAUUUGGCCACCGCACUGACCCGCCGUUAUCAGAAGACCACAAAAGCUCUGCAAAGCCAGUUGCAAAACCUAGAGUCUAUGAAAGUCGACCUGGCAGUGACAGAGAGCCACUGGAAGACUGGCUCAAUGAUGUAAAGGAGUGGGCAAAGGAUGAGGAAAUGACUAGUGUAUAUCAACAACAACAACCACAAAUGAUGUUGAUGCCUUGGCCAGCAGAAUUGAGGUGCUGGUGGUGAGUAUCAAGAGACGUUCCCAGCGACUCUAUAAGGAUACAGAUGGCAACAAAGGUCGUGCCAGGAUCCGCCGCAAGAUCAGGGAGGAGAAGGGGAUCCUGACAUCAGUUGUAGAGAAAUACAACAGAAUGGUUCCAAACACUGAAACUCUGUGCUUGGAAACCAUUUUGUCUGGUGAGACAGCUUGGCCAUGGCAGCUACCACACAGUGACAAUGUCGAUCUAAGGACAAAGAGAAAGGCAUUCGACACCAUCAUGUCAUUAAGGAGACUUCAGGAGGAGCAGAAGAUUCUUGUUGCAGAGAUGGACAACCAUUGGAAAUAUCUUUCAACUCGUGCUGGUACCCUCAGAGAACUGUCCUGCUUGUUUGCCAGUGAGACACUGAAAAAUUCGCAAUGUGGCCUAAGUGAAGAGGGUUUGAAAGGUCUGCAGAGCAUCAUCCACAGAAAGCAACGUAAAAUCAGAGAAAUGAGGGUGCAAGCAAGAGACUGUUACCUGCAAGUUUUGUCUGGAGCAGAGAACAACCUCUUAAACAAACUGUCAGCUGAUGACUAUGACAGUGACUUCGAAAUUUCUGAUGACGAACUGUAAUCCACAAGACUGUGACACCUUUUUUUUUUUUCUUGACAGUGACCUUGACCUUAACCCUGAAUCUAAAGCAUGUAAUAAAAUCUGCUGUUAAUCACAUUAUAAAUAUAACCAAAGUGUAGUGUCUGUCUUUUUUCACUUACAUAGAAAUGAAUGCAUGCAUGCCUCU